AUGGUUACAUCAUCCGAUGUUAAGGUCGGUCUUCUUUACCGGAAGGGAGAUCCUUACGACAGAGCAUGGCAGAAAAUCGUACGUUUCGCGGAGAAAAAGCUCAACAUCACAAUAAUAACCCAAGAGUACGGUGAAACCCUGCUAGACAAUGUGGAUGCUUGCUGCAAGGUCAUUGCAGCUGGUGCAGCUGUUGUUGUCUCUUCCUCAACUUCACAGGAUACAGCUGUUCACGCUGAUGUGGUCUCUCCACUGAACAUCCCUCUUGUAUCGGUUUCUGCUACUGAUCCCUACCUGAAAAACAGUGAUAGGGACUACCUCUUGAGGCUGUCUCCUCCUGACAACUAUCAGGGUCGUGCUAUUUACGAUUUACUGGAACUGUUCGAAUGGAAAGAAAUAUCCAUUAUGGCUUCAUCAGAUUCAUAUGGAAUGAACGGUAUAGCCGAACUUCAAAAUAUGAUCAAUAAGCACUAUGGACACACUGUAAAGCACACACUCUUCUUCGACAGGAAUAAGGGCGGUCCAAAUGUGUCUUUCCAACUUCAAGAGCUGAAAACGAGUUUGGCAAAGGUGAUUCUGCUACACUGUGGGUCGGAAUAUGUUAGAAACAUUUUAGAAGAAGCCCAUGAAAUGGGACUUAUGGGAGAGGGGUAUGUUUGGAUCAUCACGGAGGCAUCAGUCUCUCAGCCAGCCAGUUUGAUGAUCAACGGAUCCUUCGCGAGCUACUACGAAGGUUUGAUUGGCUUGAGAGCGGCGGUUACUAAGACAGAUUCCUACAGGAGGUUCAAAGACUCAUACCUUUUAUCAAGCGAUGAAACAUCUGUAACCGAUCUUACGAUCUACAGCUUGCUGAUGUACGAUGCAUUCGGCCUCUCCACUCAGGCUUUAAGAAGUAUUGGUUCUCCGCAACAGUCUGGUAUAGAGUGUUUCUCUAAAGAGGGAUGGAGUUCAGGGCCAGAGGUCCUCGAUGCUCUCCUCUCAGUUGAGUAUACUGGGGUGGUAGGUAAAAUUAACUUUACAAGCACUGGAGUUAGCACCAGGGUUGUUUACGACAUAGUCAACUUCAGAGAUGAUAAUUUCCAGACAGUUGGACACUGGCAUAACACCUCGCAUAUUGAGCUGUUCGGGAAACUUACAUUUCUUGGUGGAACCUACCAAGUUCCCUCACACAUUGCCAAUGACAUUGAAGGUGUUCACCUUAGAUUGGGGGCCCUGGCUGAAGGUCCCUUUAUGUACGAGAUAUCAGAUAAUUGUGAGGGGAAUCGGUGUUGGACAGGCAUGUGUGAUGACAUUGUCCAGAUGCUGGCUAUAGAUCUUGGUUUCACAUACGAGUACGUUAAACCUCCAGAUGGACAUUGGGGAGGAUACGAUCCUAUUACGAAGGAAUGGAGUGGCCUGAUAAAUGAACUGAAGGGAUCUCGAAUAGACAUGGUGCCAUUGCCUUUGUCCACCAGUGUGGCUAGAAAAGAAGUUAUUGAUUUUGGAUAUCCCUUCAUGGACGCAGCGAUCACAGCAAUAGUAAAAGCUGAAUCAGGGACUAACAAUCCGUGGUUCUUCCUUUCGCCUUUUGACAAAACAGUCUUUGCAUCACUUUUAAUGGUCAAUUUCGUUGUAGCAAUGCUUAUUGGAAUAAUGAGCAAGAUCUCACCAAUGGGUAUCCACGGAGCCAGAUUGCACGCCAUGAAACUAUGUAGUUGUAGAAGUUGUGAUUUAUGGAGAUCUACAAAGGGAGCGAACAUACUCCGUCAGAGGUCCAACAGCACAGGCUGUCUGGUCGACAAAGUGGAGGACAAGAGCUCGCUGGAAACGUCUUUCUACAACUCCGUUUGGAUGGUAGGAUCAGGGUUAGUUGGGAAGAACACCAGACUCUUCCCUUACUCAAUGUCCGGUAGGUUCCUCCUUUUCUCAUGGUGGUUCUUCAUGCUCAUCAUCAUGUCAGUGUACACGGCAAAUCUGACAGCCUUCAUGACCUUGUCCAACUUAGGGGUCCAAAUAGAAGAUGUCCAGAGCCUCCUAGGACAAAGCAAGUACGAGUGGGGUGUGAUAGGGAACAGAAACCCAGAAACGCUCCUACUGACCAACAAAGACAAAGUCUACACCCAGAUAGCUGAGAGAGGAGUUGAGUUGGCAUCAUUGGAGGAGGCUUUGGAGAGGUUGAGGAACGGCUCAUUCGUCUUCAUAGACGAGGGUCCUAUUCUGAGGCAUCAUCUCAAGGAUGACUGCGACAUGUUCAUCAUAGGAAAUGAGUUUCAGUCCUUUGAGUACAGCUUUGGUCUACCAAAAGGAUCCCCAUAUAAGAAUCUAGUGGAUAAAUAUCUGUUGCAGUACAGAGAGAAAGGAGUGAUUGAUUACUUGUGGUCGAAGUGGUCAGCCAAAAAGGUUCUCUGUGAUCAGAAGGUCGGUAACGACGUUGUCCUGGACAUGAAGAUGCUGGGAGGAGCGUUCUACAUCCUUGGAGCUGGAAUAUGCUUGUCUCUUAUCAUUGUGACAGGUGAGAUUCUCUACUCAAGCAUCGCAGACUGCGUGAGGUACCCAGGUGUUACCUUUUCUAGAGCUCUCAAAUCAAGACUUGACUUAAGAAGAGAAUACUUGCUUCCUCAAGCCUCUAAAAUAGGGGGCACUAUAUCGUCAAUAAGACUGAACAUGAACAUUGGAAGCGUCAGAAAUAGUUUAGUUCUCUCAUAA